AGCGUUUUAUGCAAUGGACUGUCAACAAAGAAAAUGGCGGCGGUUUGUACAUAGGUGGGCUGUACUCGACGAUACAGAUGGAAGGUGAAAACUGGUGUUGGUGAUAAAGAAGAUCGUUGGAGCUACUGGAGGCUGAACAUUGAGCAGCAGUCAAAUCAUGGUGCUGAAGAUCUUCUUCCCACAGUGCUGUAACCGGGCGGACAGCGGGCUGCUGGUGGGCCGCUGGUUCGCCAGUCAUGAUUCAGCCGUGGUGCUGGCGGUCAUCCACUACCCGUUCAUCCCUGGACAGGUCAAACAGUACAUCCAGCAGAUGCAGGCUCAGAGCGGGGUGGAACUGUCAGUGCUGGGUUCCUGGAGUUUACCCAAAGAGGGUCAGGAGGGCAUGGAGAGCUUCCUCAGAGACCUCAGCACCAUCUUCCCCCAGGAGCGCUGGCUCCAGAUCAGCCGCCACAUGGGCAAGACAGGCUUCGCCUGCGACAUCCUCAGCCGGGAUAGGAAUGGAGGAGCAGCUCAGCGGAAGGUAAAAAAGAAGAAGAAGGAGGAGGAUGAGAAUAGCGAUGGUGAGGCUGGAGGUGAGGGGGAAGAGGAAGAGGAGGAGGAGGAGAAAGUGAUCUUCGUCCACUACGAGCAGAAGAAGGUGAUGCUGUCGCAGCUUCACCCUGUCGAGAAUGGAGUUCCCGACCCCAAAACUGAUCCACCGUCUGAGCUGAGACAGAUGUUCCAGACGGUGGCCAGCAGCCAGCCUCUGUUCUUCCUGGACAGGUACGACGACGGGCCGCUGAAGUCCACACACUGGCAGUCUGAAGGUCGAGAGGCCAGCAUCAUAGUGGAGCUGCUCAAGCAGGCCUCUGUCCCGCUCUGCCUGCUCAUCAGCUGGCUGCUGUCCAUUUGGACGUGGAUCUGUAACAUCCGGAUCUUCAGUCUGCACCCGCUCCGCUUCCUGUCCAGUAAACUGUCCACAUGUGUCCAGCUGAGCUACAGAACCGAGCACAUGCGGACGCUCAGCUCACCCAAACCGGCUGCCGGACACACACAGUUUAUGAGGAGAGCCAACAUCUCGGUGUCGUUCCUGGUGGAUGUGGCUCUCGGCAUGUUGCUCAUCUCGUGGCUCUACAGAGACAACCACAUCACCAUGUUAGCCAAUACACUGGUGCCAGCAGCAGAUCAUGUGGCUAAAGAGCUGGAGGAGCUGCUGCAGUGGCUGAUGGGAGCUCCUGCAGGCUUGAAGAUGAACCGGGCCCUGGACCAGGUUCUGGGACGCUUCUUCCUCUACCACAUACACCUGUGGAUCAGCUACAUCCACCUGAUGUCUCCCUUCAUCGAGGGGAUCCUCUGGUACGGAGGCCUGUCAGCCUGCCUGGGCCUGACCUUUGCCCUCUCGCUGCUCUCUGAUAUGGUGGCCCUGCUCACCUUCCACAUCUACUGCUUCUAUGUCUACGGAGCCAGGCUGUACUGUCUGAAGAUCUACGGCCUCUCAUCUCUCUGGAGGCUCUUCAGAGGGAAGAAGUGGAACGUCCUGCGGCAGAGGGUGGACUCCUGCUCCUAUGACCUGGACCAGCUCUUCAUUGGGACGCUGCUGUUCACCAUCCUGCUGUUCCUGCUUCCCACUACAGCACUCUACUACCUGGUCUUCACUCUGUUGCGGCUGGUGGUGGUGCUUUUCCAGGGCGUCCUCCACCUCAGUGUGGAUUUCGUCAACUCCUUCCCUUUGUUCGCUGUCGGUCUCCGCAUCUGUCGGCCCUACAGACUGGCAGAAGGUGUAAAGUUCAGGGUGCUGUGUGACGAGCCUGGGACGGCCCUUCACCUGCUGAUGGAGAUUAACCCUCUGAAGUGCAGCACAGUGGUUAAGACCUAUCGCACUCCGACUUACAGCUGCUACCCAAAAGACUCGUGGGCAGCGCUGGUCAAGAAGCUGUUUGUCGGGGAGCUGAUUUACCCCUGGAAACACAAAACCACCAAGGCUGACUGAGGGACACCAGCCAGAAAUGUGAGGGAGAGAAAAAAAGGAGAGAUGAGGGAACAGAGGAAAGGGAAGAGGCUGAAUAAAUAAUGAGUUGGAAACAGACAGAUGGAGGCAAAGAGGGGAAAUGGGAAGCAAGGGUGAAACCGGUAGGAAGACCUUUGAGUUGAGCUGCUUUCAUGUUAGAUGGGAAGAACGUCAGAGAGAGUGUAACCCGACUGAAGCUGCCAAGUCACCACACUUGUAGUUUUCUGAACUCAUGUUUUACAGCACAACAAAUGUGGUAAUGUCAGCCACAAACGUCAAAAACAGCGAGUAGCUAUGUCCUGCUGUGAUUAUGAAAUGACUUUCAGUACAUGGUAAAAAAAAAACAACCUUUAUUUUUUAUUAUUUUAUUUGAAAUGAAAUCAUCCCUUGAAGUGAUUUCUGCCGUUUCCUUUUUUGUUCAAAUUUAACAAAAAAACUCCAUCAUUAGAUACAAGCAGCUGUAAACUAAAGUGACCACUACUUUUUCUUAUACACACAGCGUUCCCCUUAGGACAUGACUGCAGUACAAAACAUCAAGAGACUAAAACAACCCCUUAAUAUGUGUUUGAAUGUGGAAAAAAACAAAAACAAAACCGAUGAUAAAUAAUAAAAAGAGUUGAAAGGGAGUUAUUUUAAAGGAAUUUCGACCUUGUUUCUUCCCUUCACGUCAGUGGAAACUCCAUCGCACUUUUUAUGACCAGCAAACAUCCAGCAUUUAGUCUGUGUAUUGUAGUUCAGUCUGGACAUUUGAGCUCAAGACACUUGGUAAUUUGAUAUGCGUCUCGUGGUCCCCAGAGGAUAAUUCCUGCUGCAUUUGGUGACCCCUCCCCCCCCCAAUCUUUUCUUUAGCGCCACCAUUAGGUCAAACACCAUAAAAUCUAAGUGGAAAGUUGCAGUGAAAUCUCAGAAGCGCUGAGAUGACAAAGUGGCCGACAUUAAGCCACUUUCACACGAGUGGUGUAUUCUGAUUCUGGGUGAUAUGUCACUGUUAGUUUGUCUUAUGCUGUCAUUCUACCGGUUCAUGGGAUUUAUAGACCAUAACUCACAUGCCAUGGCAGUUUAUGAUACGCCGAUGCUGUGUGCAACUUUAAAAUGGCUAAUCACUCCUAUUUCACCGGCUGAUUCCACGUUUUAUCAGCAUACCAAUGGUGUGCCACUCCUUUUACAGUCACACGCCGAUUCUACUCGGUGUACCACUUUGAUGUUGCUGCUGCUCAACUGACACACGGCACAGGAAAACUGUGUUCUUUUGUUCCACUGGCAGAUGCAGUUCCUCAUGACAGUUCUCACUGACAUAUGCCACUAGAAUGACAAGUUCUAGUGGCACACAGUAGCGGCAUAUCAAAAUAAACAGUGGCAUACAGAUAUAGAUUUUAAAAAAAAAAUACUGUAAAGUGGGGAUGCUUUCAAUAAUAAUGAGAUGAGAAGACUUUAUUUAUUAACUUGCAGUGCAGUAAACAGAAAAAACCUAAAUCAGAUCAGUAUUAGCGGUGACCCCCCUUUGCCUUUAAACCAGCACCAGUUCUUCUCGGUACACCUGCACACAGUUUUUCAAGGUACUUGGCAGGUAGGCUGUUCAGAGCAUCUUAGAGAACCUGCUACAGUUCUUCUGUGGAUUCAGUCUGUCUCAGUGUCUUCUGUCUCUACAUGUGGUCCCAGACUGACUCCAUGAUGCUGAGAUCAGGGCUCUG